AAAUACCUAGGAAAUAUAAUAGCUUAUUCAUUCCAAAACUAAAGUACUUCACAAAUAUUAGAAUAUUAAGUGCUAAAAUGGUGGCUUUUAUGUUCAAUUGGAAGCUCACUUUUGCAACUCUACUAGUGUUAGGAGUAUGGAUUACUCGAGCCACAUCUCGUACUUUGUACGAAGCAUCAAUUACUGAGAAACACGAGCGAUGGAUGGCGAUAUAUGGACGUGUAUACAAAGAUGAUAUAGAGAAAGCAGAAAGGCGUGAGAAAUUCAGACAAAAUCUUGAGUAUAUUGAAUCAAUUAACAGGAAUGGAACACGGAGUUAUAGAUUGGGCAUCAAUGGAUUUGCUGAUCUUACGAAGGAGGAAUUCAAGGCCAUUCGUAAUGGAUACAAAAUAUCAUCUCAGCAACGGAUAAAACCUACAUGUUUUCGUUAUGAAAAUGUGUCAGUUCCAUAUACCAUGGAUUGGAGGAGAAAAGGCGCGGUUACUAUGAUUAAAGACCAAGGGCAAUGUGGAUCUUGCUGGGCAUUUUCUACUGUGGCUGCUAUAGAAGGAAUUAACAAGAUCAAAACUGGUAGAUUAAUUUCAUUAUCCGAGCAAGAACUCGUUGAUUGCGACAAAGGUUCAAAUGAAGGUUGUGAAGGAGGCUUCAUGGAUUACGCUUUUAAGUUCAUUAUAAAAAAUCAUGGAAUUACUUCAGAAUAUAAUUAUCCUUACAAGGGAAUCGAUAGCACUUGCCAAAGAAACAAAAUUUUCAACCAUGUUGCCAUGAUUUCUGGCUAUGAAGACGUUCCAGCUAAUAGCGAAUCAGCUUUGCUUAAAGCCGUUGCUAGCCAACCUGUAUCUGUUGCCAUUGAUGCUAGUGGAUCGGAUUUUCAAUUUUAUUCUAGUGGCGUGUUCACAGGACAUUGUGGAACUAAAUUGGAUCAUGGUGUUACAGCGGUUGGUUAUGGACAAACUCUAGGUGGUAUGAAAUAUUGGAUAGUGAAGAAUUCGUGGGGAACUAGUUGGGGAGAAAGAGGGUACAUUAGAAUGCAAAGAGAUGUUAAUGCUAAAGGAGGACUUUGUGGAAUUGCCAUGAAAGCUUCUUACCCAAUAGCUUAAAUUAUUUUACAAGUAUGACGGGGCUACAAUGUCUGAGCUAGGAGAACAUUGUUUCAUCCUUAAUUAAUCGAUGAUGUAUGUGGUUUGAUUCUGACUAUUGUUAUCAUUUAUAUGCAAUAUGAUGCGGUCUUGUUCAAUCUAAA